AUGUUAUGGGGUUCUAGUCUCCAGGACCCGCGCGACCAGGAUCGCAGGAGGAAUCCAUGGCACAACGAGACUGAAUACCUCCAGGAUGGUAGAGAAAGAGUCGCAAACGGGGACGCCAGCAGCGACAGCAGCGGCACAGAGGGUGUUCGCAGGACUGGAACUUGGGGCGAACCUGACGCUGGUAGAAUUGAUCACUCAAUCGCUGCAGCAGACAUACAUGCUCUUAGAGAAGAACUCGCAACGCUGUCCCGUACACGAUCACAAACAGCUCGCUCAGAACGAACCCAUACUGAUAGCCUUAAACGAACGAUUAGCAGGAAGAGCACACGCCGCAGCGUGUCUCGCCAGGCUUCACGCGUAUCUCAUACGCAUACGGAUGGGUCAACAGCUGCAGAAGACGAGGAGACGACAGGUGCUGCUGUGGCAGCCGAGAAGGAGGAUGAAUUUGAGCUCAGCGACUUCAUGAAGGAAGGAUACUUCGAGAAGAGAAAGGACGGAAAGUCGGCUAAGAAGGUGGGCGUUGUGUGGAAAAGCCUGAACGUCAAGGGCGUUGGGUCGACAGCAACCUUUGCAAAGACUGUUCCCGAUGCCAUCAUUGGCACAUUCGGUCCUGACCUCUACCGCCUUAUUACACGCUUUAUCCCUGCUCUGCGCCUCGGGCGCAACCAGCAGACCCGAACACUUAUCAAUGACUUCUCAGGCGUGCUCAAAGAUGGCGAGAUGAUGCUUGUCCUUGGGCGGCCAGGCUCAGGAUGCUCGACUUUUUUGAAGGCCAUUGCAAACAACCGAGAGAGCUACGCGGCAGUCGAGGGCGAUGUAUCAUAUGGCGGUAUCUCGGCUGAGAAGCAGGCGAAGCAGUUCCGUGGAGAAGUCAACUACAACGAAGAGGAUGAUGUCCACUUCGCCAACCUGAACGUCUGGCAGACAUUGACAUUUGCGCUCACGAACAAAACAAGGAAGAACAAGAAGGAUGAGAUCCCAAUCAUUCUUGAGGCGUUACUGAAGAUGUUUGGUAUCUCGCAUACAAAGUAUACGCUGGUAGGAGAUGAAUACGUUCGUGGCGUAUCUGGUGGAGAACGAAAACGUGUGUCUAUAGCAGAGACACUUGCUGCGAAGUCCACCGUCGUUUGCUGGGACAACAGCACGCGAGGCCUUGAUGCCUCGACUGCACUGGACUAUGCAAAGUCGUUGCGCAUUAUGACUGACCUGAGCAACCGAACAACAUUCGUCACCUUGUACCAGGCAGGAGAGGGAAUAUACGAGCAGAUGGACAAGGUCAUGGUAAUCGACCAGGGUCGCUGCAUCUACGAAGGCCCGGCGAAGGAAGCGAAGCAAUACUUCCUCGAUCUAGGCUUCUACUGCCCCGAGCGACAGACUACUGCCGAUUUUCUGACUGCAGUUACUGACCCUACCGAGCGUCAGUUCCGCGAAGGAUACGAGAACAGUGCACCAAAAACCCCCGAGGACCUCGAGAAGGCUUUCCGCGGCUCUGAAGCCUACCAAAAGAUCCAAAGAGACAUCAACGCCUAUGAGGAAGAGCUCAAGAGGACCGACUACAUCGAUGCCAAGGAGUUCGAAGGCGCCGUGGCUGAGAGCAAGAGUAACAGUAAGCUCAAGUCGAAGAAGUCACCCUUCACUGUGUCCUUCGUGCGGCAAGUUCUAGCGUGCACAAAGCGUGAGUUCUGGCUUACCUGGGGCGACAAAACAACGCUAUACACGAAGUUCUUCAUCAUCAUCUCCAACGGCUUGAUUGUCGGCUCUCUGUUCUACGGACAGUCUUUAGACACCUCUGGUGCCUUUACCAGGGGCGGUUCGGCUUUCUUUUCCAUUCUGUUCCUCGGCUGGCUUCAACUUUCCGAGUUGAUGAAAGCUGUCUCUGGCCGAGAAGUCGUCAAAAGACACGAAGAGUACGCGUUCUACCGACCGAGUGCUGUCAGUCUGGCCAGGGUCCUGCAAGACCUGCCUUUGCUCUUGGCUCAGGUCAUCCCGUUCUCAAUCAUCAUGUACUUCAUGACUGGACUUGAUAUCGAUGCUGGAAAAUUCUGGAUUUACUUCCUGUUCAUAUACACAACCACCUUCUGCAUCACCUCGCUCUAUCGAAUGUUCGCGGCAAUGUCGCCAACGAUCGACGAUGCCGUGCGCUUCGCUGGACUUGCGCUCAACAUCCUCAUCGUGUUCACUGGUUACGUUAUUCCGAAACCGCAGCUGUUAUCUAAAUACAUCUGGUUUGGAUGGCUGUUCCACAUCAACCCUGUCGCAUACUCGUUCGAGGCGGUUUUGACGAACGAAUUCUCAAACCGAGUCAUGGAGUGCUCGCCUUCUCAACUCGUUCCACAAGGCCCAGGUAUUGAUCCUCAGUAUCAAGGCUGUAGUCUUACUGGCGCACAACCUAACGCGAACACUGUCAAUGGAGCCUCGUACCUGCAAACCUCAUUCGAGUACACACGGUCCCACCUAUGGCGUAACUUCGGAGUCGUCAUCGCGUUCUCUUUCUUGUACCUUAUCGUCACUGUCUGGGCCACCGAGUGUCUGUCAUUUGCCAAGGGCGGCGGUGGAGCACUAGUCUUCAAGAAGUCGAAGCGUGCAAAGAAGGCUGUGAAAGAAGAGUCCACUGACGAGGAAAAGGUUGUAGCCGGCAAGUCGAGAAAUAGCUCUUCCGGUGACGGUACCAACGAAGAGGAGGCACUCGCGUCAAUCUCGAGCAGCGAAAGCGUAUUCACGUGGAAGGAUGUCGAAUACACUGUGCCAUACCAAGGCGGUGAACGCAAGCUACUCAACAAGAUCAAUGGUUUCGCAAAGCCUGGCGUCAUGAUCGCCCUCGUUGGUGCUUCUGGUGCUGGAAAGUCAACUUUGCUGAAUACACUAUCACAACGUCAGAGUACAGGUGUGGUCAGUGGAGAGAUGUUUGUAGACGGCAAAGAUCUCGGCAAAGCCUUCCAACGUGGUACCGGAUUCUGCGAGCAAAUGGACCUACACGACGGGACUGCAACCAUCCGGGAGGCCCUCGAGUUCUCUGCGAUCUUACGUCAAGAUAGCAAGAUUCCGCGUCAAGAGAAACUUGAUUACGUCAACAAGAUCAUUGACCUGCUUGAGCUCCAAGAUGUUCAAGAUGCUCUUGUAUCCAGCCUGGGUGUCGAGCAAAAGAAGCGUGUCACCAUCGGUGUAGAGCUUGCAGCAAAACCUUCGCUUCUGCUCUUCUUGGACGAGCCCACCAGUGGACUUGACAGCAAUUCUGCCUACUCAAUCGUUACUUUCCUCAAGAAGCUAGCUGCGGCAGGUCAGGCGAUCGUCUGCACUAUUCAUCAGCCUAGCAGUGUCCUCAUUCAGCAGUUCGACAUGAUCCUUGCACUCAACCCCGGAGGUAACACCUUCUACUUUGGUCCCGUCGGCGAGAACGGUAAAGAUGUUAUCAAGUACUUCGGUGACCGCGGUGUCCAGUGCCCACCAAGUAAGAAUGUUGCCGAGUUCAUCCUCGAGACAGCUGCAAAGCCAGCCAAGCGCAAGGACGGCAGCCGCAUCAACUGGAACGAAGAAUGGGUGAAGUCUGACAACGCCAAGGAGGUACUCCAGGAAAUUGAGCGCGUCAAGAGCGAGCGCAGUCAGAAGGCUCCAGCUAAGCAAGACGCUGAAGAGGAGUCUGAGUUCGCCGCUCCUGUCUGGCUACAGACCACAAUGCUCACGAAACGCACUUUUGUUCAACAAUGGCGCGAUCCAUCCUACGUCUACGGCAAGCUCUUCACCGCUGUCAUCAUCGGUAUCUUCAACGGCUUCACCUUCUAUCAGCUUGGCAACUCUAUCGGCGACAUGCAGAACAGGAUGUUCACCUCCUUCUUGAUCAUCUUAAUUCCGCCUACGGUCGUCAACGCUGUUGUGCCUAAAUUCUAUCAGAAUAUGGCAUUGUGGCAGGCAAGAGAGCUGCCUUCUCGAAUUUACGGAUGGGUUGCAUUUGUCACCGCGCAAGUUGUUGCCGAGAUCCCAAGCGCUAUCGUCGGCUCGGUGUUGUACUGGGUUCUGUGGUACUACCCAUCCGGUCUGCCUACCGACAGCUCCACUGCUGGCUACGUUUUCCUCAUGACGAUGCUUUUCUGGCUGUUCAUUAGCAGUUGGGGACAGUGGAUUUGCGCAUUCGCGCCAUCCUUCACCGUCAUCAGCAACGUGCUGCCUUUCUUCUUCGUCAUGUUCUCCCUCUUCAACGGCGUAGUUCGUCCGUACUCCAUGCUGCCUGUCUUCUGGAAAUACUGGAUGUACUGGGUAAACCCUUCUACAUAUUGGAUUGGCGGCGUCCUCGCUGCAACGCUCAACGGCAUCCCGGUUGAGUGCGCCUCGCAAGAGACUGCUCAAUUCGAUGCACCGCCCGGCCAAACUUGCUCCAGCUACGCAGGCAGAUUCCUCGAACAAUCCCCUGGCUACCUCCUCAACCCUGACGCGAGCUCGGGUUGCAUGUACUGCCCAUACACUACUGGCAACGAUUACCUCGCCACGCUUAACAUCCAGGCUAGUCAAAAGUGGAGGGACUUCGGUAUCUUCUUGGCUUUCUGUAUCAGCAACUGGGCGUUGGUUUACUUCUUUGUGUGGAGUGUGAGAAUCAAGGGCUGGAGCUUUGGUUUUGGCAAGCUAUUUGGAACACUGGGGAAAGGUGUGGACAAGGUCAAAGGCAAAGGCAAGAAAAAGCAGGAUGACGGCGAGGCGUAA